CCAGCGCGGCUUCAGUCGAGCCUCGCUCAUCGGAGAUGUCGGAUUGAAGUUCUGCUUGCUGCUGCCAGUGUAGUUACCCGAACGCGAUCGACCGUCUUAAAGUUUUUUUCUUUGUGAAUUUCUGUCGUCCCACCGAGUGCAGUGGUGGAAACGGGACAGAAGAAAAGUUCGCGUGUGUGCUCGAGGCUUUCGGUUUGGUUAGAGUGAGCGAGACAGCGAAACGACGACGACAACAACAACGAAAAGAAGUUACAGCUAGCUCUUGGUUGUGACGAAGAAGGAAGGUGCAGAAAGCAGAUCGCGUUGAAGAAAAUACUCGAUCGAGAAGAAGACGUGAGGAAAAGUGCAGAAAAGAGAUCGCGGUGUGAUCUGAAUUCCACACUUGUUUUUUGAUUUCUUGUUACGGGUUUUGCGUUAUCUUCUGUCGAGUGUUGUUGAAUUACCGAUAUCUCGGAGCUUGAUAUUUCAAGGUUUAGUGAAAAAACGGAGUUUUCGGGAGGAUUUUGGAGGUGAUGAUCCCAGGAGGAGAGUGUUCAACUAGCGAUCGAUGAUCGUUGAUGAAUGUUGAGGGCCCAUAUUCGAAAGUGUGGGGAGUUGAUCGCGCGGAAAGGUGUGGUGAAGUAGAUUGGCUGUGAACUACAGAAAGGUUGACGUCACGUUGCGAAGUACCCCGUAGUGCCAGUUACCAGUGUAGAGAAAGUGUACCUUCAGACCUCCAUCCGUAGGAACCCAAAAGGCCCCCAAGAUGCCUUGCAGUGCAGUAACUCUGUCGCUCGCGACGAUAUCCGCCAUCAUAGCCGUUGCCCUGCUGGCAAUCGCCUUCUCCACAGAUAAUUGGCUGAGCUACGAAGUCAAGCGGAAUAACAUACAGACAUUUAUUGCCAAGCACCCAGAUGCGGCGUCACUGACGGAGGCCUACAACAACCGACUCAUCUACUAUACCCGGACGAGGGGCCUGUUCCGGUACUGUUACCCCAAGGAGAAACCUCCGGCGUCGUCGGUUCAAAUUUACCUGUCCCCGGUUGAAACCCACUGCUCCAACAUCGAUUACUUCCCGCAAACCGAAGAGGACAAAUCUUCAUCGACCUUCAACGAGGACAUCAUGUCCCGGCUCCAUCUGGCUCGUUCCGUUAUCGCUGCCUUCAUUCUAAGCUUCGUUGCCAUCUUUUGCGCCUUCUGGACCGGACUGUCCGGAUGCUGGAAGCGAUCGGCCGGAGCCAUCACGGCGACCGCGAUCCUGAUGCUGACGGCCUGUCUGCUGGCGGCCGGGGCCAUGGGCCUGUGGCACACGGUCGAGUUCUUCGAGAAGGAGAAGGUCGUCGGCGACGACUACUUCCAGAGCUGGACUACGGUUCUGCGUGAUAACACCCGCAUCUCGUACGAUUGGUCGUACAUUGUGGCCUGGGCCGGCGUGGCCUCUAGCUUACUCGCCUCGAUUCUGCUAUCGGGUGCGGCUGUCUGUCUCCGAGGGGAACGUGAGAAGGAAGAGCAGCUGAAUCUGCAAUACCUGAUGCCCGUGUACCCCCAAAAGCAGCCCCCCUACCCCUAUGGCGGUUUCCCUCAGCCUCAGCUCUACCCGCAGCCAUACUAUCACGGAUCACAGUACGGACCGUACAAUUACUGAAUAAGUUUGAGCAAUUGAUUGAACUCCGCGGGAUGAGCCAACAUAUUCAAGUGAUGUAUUUAAAGCAAACAAACAAACGUGUUCUGUUCUCUGUCCGGAUCCGUCGUGAAAAAGCCUCUUUAAAGAGAUGAGGAAGGGCGCGAAAGGUUUCUCAUUCUCGAUAAAAUUUCAAGUAAGAUAGUGAGAGACCCUUUAGAUAGAACGUUUGUUCGAAAAUGUUCAAUUCUAUUCGUUAAACUCUCUCCCUCUUUCCCGCUCAGGAUAAUCCUAUCCUAUAGGCCUACCCCUUAGCAUUGCUUCUUCGUCUUUUAUCAGAUAAAAUUCAAACUAGAAAGCAAACCUCUCGACGACGACGACUUAACGUGGUCAGAAACGUCAAAAUUUAAAUGUAUGAAGCAAACAAAAAUAAACGUCUUCCUCUUACCAAUUUAACGCUAACUCAUGUAAAUCCCUUAUUAGAAAAUAGAACACUUAGAAUUUCUAAAUUUUUCCAAACUAAUCUCUAUCUCUUUUAAAAUCACUUAACCCUUUCUCUAAAUACACUCUUUCCACAAAUUCCUCCUCUCUUUCUCUCAUUAUUCUAUUGUACCCGAACGUGUGUGCCCAUUGUUUCAUCUGAAAGUUUUAAUUUUUAUCAUCUCUUAUUUUUAAGCCACUAGACAGUUACUUAAUUUUAAAGGAAAAUUAAAGCGAAAGUAAAACAAAUGAUCAAACCACAGUCACACAAUGCGCGACUGUUUGGCUAACGCCUUACAAUUAUUUCCAUUUAUGGUUUCGUUUCGUGUAACUCAUAAGCGAAGAAUUUAGCUAAAGGAGUUAAAAAAUGCCUUCGAAUUAUAGAAAGAAAUAAAAAAAGGAAAAACUUUUAUAUGAACUUAAACCAUGUAGUGUGUUGAGAAAUUUAAAGGCGAUCAACAAGAAAAGAUAAACGAAAAAACCUAAAUCAUAACUACCUUAUUGUAUUGCCACUACUGCUAGCAGCAAGUACUGAGAAAACGAAUGCAAAACCUAUUGAAAUGAUUCAAAUUUUGCGCGAGUAAAAGUUCGUUUAUUUUGUAUUAUUGCAUAGGAGUUAAUUUAAUACGUGUACCCUGUAAGUGAUCCAAUUAAAAGAAAUAAAAAACAACGAAGAAAAAUAUAUUUUAGCUAUAAACCGAA